GUUUCUCUUCUGUCUACAGCCCCUGACUUCCUCUCUCAUACAGUCAAAACCACAGAAGGUAGGCACAUAGUUGAGAGAUUACCCAGAUGUUUUUUUCAAUUGCAAGGUUGUGCAUGGAGGGAAGUAUGAUGCCAUUUAACCAUUGUUCAGGUUUCUGAAUAGCCAAAUAGACAGAGCCUGGUGAAACUACCCAGAUUAAGAUACAAUAGUUACAAAUUGUAACGCCAGAUUCUGGAGCUGGCACAUUCUCAAUAAGAAUGAAGACCAUUUGCAUCUUCUGCUGUCUUCUAUAUGUUGCUGGGAUAGAAGGAGCAGACAUCACUGUAAAGGGAUUCAAGGGAGAAGAUGUUUCAUUUCAGUGUUCAUACAGACUUGCGUGGAUCAACAACAAAUACUUCUGCAAGGAUCCAUGUAAAGACAGUGAAGAUGUGCUGGUGACUGUGCGUUCUGGUGGAAGAGUGAUGUCAGGGAGGAUAGCUCUGGUGGACUCAGGGAACGGAGUCUUCACUGUGACCGUUAGUCAACUCCAGCUGUCAGACUCAGGGAGAUACUGGUGUGCAGUGGACAGGCCUGGUUUUGAUACAUUCACUGCAGUACAUCUCACUGUAAAGGAAGAUGUGACAACAACUUUCAUACCUGAACUUUCUCCUACAUGGACACGUCAUAUUAUUUCCAACUCCACGCAUUUUACAUCUGAAAUGGGCACCAGUAGGCCUACAAAGUUUUCAACAGCCAUGAACAGCACUAAUGGAGAAGGACAGAACAUCAUCGCAGGCAUCCUGUUGUACCCUACAGUCUGGGCUGUUGCCAUGCUCACAAUUUUGGUGCUGACAGCAAUGCUUGUCAGGAACCGCAAAGAAAACUCCAAACCUCAACCCCAAGUUUGGUCAGACAACACCAAACACGUCAGUGCAGAAAUAAUUGGGGCCAACUCUAAGGAAGUGCAGUCGUUUAAAACGUUAUCGAAGAGUUUCUCUCGUACUUACCAUCCAACACAGGAUCCACCAACAGCUGUGUCCACAGCAGAGGAAUGUAGUGUAUCCAUGCACAUCUAUGAAAACGUCCCCUGCUCCCAAGGCACUGCUCCUUCAAAAUACUCAGUUUCAAACGUCCAAGACACAGAUGACAUCAGCCCUAGGAUCUACAUCAAACCUCUGUAACUGACACAGUGUCAAUAAUAUGCCAAGCUUCACAGGAGUGUUGGGCCUGUUUGUUAAACUAUUACACAUUGCCUUACAAUGGCAGAAAGCAGUAAUUACAGAAACAGUGACGUUGAGAAAAAACAUUGCAAAACCCUGCAAAUUCUUAAACUAUGGCUUUUCACUGUCACAGACUUAAGAUAAAAUCUAAAGGGCACAGUAAAAAAACUUUUCAUUGUGUCUACCCUAUGUAUGUAGGUCACUGUGUGUGUGUAUGUGUGUGUGUGUGUGUGUGUGUAUGUGUGUGUUCCUGACUUGGGCUAUCUUACGAUUAGGCUAAGCAUUGGGGCAUGUUUACCAUUAGUCUUCAGGGGAUGACUGUCAAUGUAGUGUAAACGUCUGUGUGUUUGUAUUUGACUGUUUCUCGCUGAUGCAAGUACAUAUAUGAAUGUGUGUUUGCAGUCAGUGAGAGUGUGUGAAUAUAGAGAGGGAGCUUUAAUCUUCAAUAUGUCAGCGGCAGUAAUAAGAAGUUUCUGAUGCCUCAGUGUGUAGUAUCUCAAAGCUUAUAAUUACUGUGACUCCUAGGGGUCUUAUUAAUAAAAACACUGUGGCAGACAGCACUGAAUACUGAUACAAUCCACCACAUUAUUAUUUCCAGCACAUUAUUGUAAAACUGUGCUAUUUCAGCAGGAGCAGCUAGUGAUUUUGUACCUCCUAGAGUUAAGUAUGUUUUCCUGACUUUUUUUUUUCUUUAAUGUAUGGUGCAAAGCUGUUUUGUAUUUUAAUUCAAUUCAAUUCAAUUUUGUUUAUAGUAUCAAUUCAUAACAAGAGUUAUCUCAAGACAAUUUACAGAUAGAUUUGGUCUAGACCAAAAUCCAUAAUUUACCACGACCA